GAUAAGUCCUUUGUGUGGCGAUCGAGCGCCGAGUAGAAAAGGAAGGAAAAACUGUCGCUGCCGCACAAAAGAACAACAGGCCGCCGAGCGAACGGUGAAAGUCUCUGGCUGUGGUCUGUGAUUCGUCUCCGUGCGAAUCGUCGUGAGUAGUGACCAAGUCUCGUCAGCACUCAGCGCGCUUUGUAGCGCCCAGUCGACGUUCGACGAUAGUAGUGCGGCAACAUACGCGUCCGGUCAUUAAUUAUCGACUUGCCGUCUGAUACGUUAAAAUAAAUAUUUCGUAUACGACAAAUGGUGCGGUAGACGAAGAGUUACUUAUGCGACCAGUGCCGGGCACUCUGAGUUGUGCCGUCGCGCGUCUGCACGCCCGAAAGUUUAGAAUGGACAAAGGAAACAAAUUCAUUCGGCCAUUAGGAUUCAGGCGACGAACAAGAUCUGCCAGUAGCGUUGCAUAUCCAGACAAUAAAGCUCAAAGUGAUGAUUCCAGUAGUAAUUCCAAAGAUGUAGGAGUGUCUAGUAUUUAUCAUAGUGAUUCAGAUGAUAUAAGUGGUGCUCCACAACCCAUUCGAUUUGCUUUACUAUCAAAACAUCUAAUGCAUUUGGAAUCAGAUUCAGUCAAUGAAAACUUUACCCCAGGAAGACCAUUUACUAGAAGAAAAAGAAAAUUCAAAAAGAUGAUUGUCGAUCCAGAUGUAAAGUUUCCAUCACAAAUGACUAGUAGUUGUUCUCAGAGUAGUAGCAGUGAGAAGAGAAGAAUUACACGUCACUCGGCUAGUAUGCCAAGAAACUGUGGAUCAUUGAUCUUGGCUAUUGGUAAAAGAAAGCGCAGUAAUCGAGAAAUUAUAGCUGGCCAUCAGGGUACUUCAAAUAUCAAAUCAAUGGAUAUUGAUGUUGCUAGUAGCUCAAGUAGUAUUAGUUCUUCAGAAAGUGAAGCUGGAAUUUAUACUAAUGAUGAAGGAAGAGAAGGAGAUGAUGAACAGAGUGAUUGGGUUGGUAAUGCAUGUGGAGCUGGUGGAGUAACUGAUGAUGAUGCCGAACCAAUUAAAAUUGAUUGUCAGAAAUUGUUAUCUGUUAAUUUACAAAAUAGCCCAUUAGCCGAAGGAAGAGGACCUGGGCGUAUGCCAAUGUGGCAUAGAAAUACUUUUCUUAAGAAGAGUGAUAGAGAAAUUCGUGGGGGCUUACGCAGAGUUCGGUCAGUUAAACCUAGUUUCUCUGUUAUGACUUCAGCUAAUGAAAAAGUAUCUCGUUUCUUACGAGAUCCUGCUCAGUCUGAACUAAGGCUACAUCCAAUGCCAAAAAACGAACAAGACCAACUAUCACAUUUGGCAGAAAUGUAUUCCCUUCAUAUGCAACUCAAUGACUCGCCAAAAAAAGGAGUUACUCUGACCAAAACUGACAACACAAUUCAAGUAGACUUAGAAGCUCCAUUUUCACAUCUCAAUCCAUCAAAAGAUCAUAAAAGAAAGAAAUCUGCAACUUCUGAAUUAAGCUUAGGCUUGCAAGCAUUACAUAAUCAAGCAUGGAUACCUAUAGUUCUAGAAGACAAGCCUUGUACAUCAUCUCAGACAGAAACUUCAACUCAGAACAAGUGAACAUUAUUACAUACUUGUGCCAACUAGUAAGGCUGAAACUAAUUGAAAAUGCAGCUUCAACACGCUUUUUUUACUAUUUAUAUAUUAUAUAUAUGAAAAAAAUUAUUAUAAAUUAUUAUAAUAAUUAUUAUUUUGUUGACAUGUAAUUUGUCUACCAAAAAUGCAUGUUAGAUAAUAGUAAUACCAAAGUAUUGCUAUUGAUGAUUGAAACAGUCAUAAUUAUGUACUGACUUAUUAAAUUUACCAAUCAAUUUCAGUCAUUAUUUUUAAGAGGAGUUUAUCUAUUUUAUUUAAACUUGGAGGUCGAAAUACUCUUGAUACUAUUACUUUCUAAAUUCUCAGUAUUCUAAACAUUCUGUUUUUAAACAAACAUUUUUCAUCGUUUUAAAUGUAAAGCUUUUUAUGUCUAAAACUACUCUUUAAAUUGACAUUAUUAUAAUGAUUCGUUUUAACCCAUAACACUCUUUAUGUACACUUUUAGGUAUUAUUUUUAUGUUACUAUUCCAUAUAUUUAUAAUCAAUAAAGUUUUAUCAUAUAAUUUACAUUCUCAUUCAUGAAUUAUUAUGUAACUUGAUAUAUGAAUGUGAUCAUAAUUUGUUAGUUUAUAAGACGUAACAUCAUGAAAUCACCAUUAAUAUAUGCAUUUUAAACAAUUACAUACACAAAUUGUUUUCAUUUUUAGACUUAAUAAUAAAGAUAGAACACAAGUUGUUAAACUAAGUGAUCAUUUGAAAAAUAAAUUAUCUAUAAUAUACAAUUGUUGAAAUUUGAAUCAGCAAUAAUAGUUGAGAAAUUUAUUUAAUCAUGAAUAUUAUUGCAAAUUUAUACUUAUUUUUAAAUCCAGCUUAGCAUAAUUAAAUAUUAUUGUAAAUAGUUCGAUGAUAUAACUAAAUUAUAGACAUUGUAUAUAAAGCAAAUAAAAUAUUUGAAUGUAAUUUUAUAAAAAAAAAAA